AUGGCGCGGUCAACCACGGCUGCUGUAUCGUCAUCACGUGCUGCCAGCUACCGGUGGUGCUACGUUGAGCAGGUGGACCAGGCCGAGCCCCUGGCAAACAGGAGCAACGGGUGGCGAUACAGGGGGCCUCGAGGUGUCACCUAUCGACGGCAGGCCGUCUUCGGGACAGGGUAUAGGAUUCGCAUCUCCUUCCCUUCAUCAGCGGGGCCAGGACACACGUGGUUCAACUCACACCCCGUCGGAGGAGAUCCCAACCUGUACAGCUUUCAAACUUGGGCGAGGAUGGUGCUUGAAAGAGGCAUGGUCCACCCGCGUGACGCUGAGGCUUGGCGCACAGCGUUCGUGGACGUAGAGGGCGGUGGCCAAGGCCAGCUGGUUGUAUCAUCGGCCGACGAGACCUGGCGAGUGAUCCUCUGCUGGGCAUCAGCUGGCAGGAGGAUCGACGUCGACUCCCAGGGCAUUCCGUUCUCUCUUUUGAGCCUCCAGGUCCGAUCUGGUGUCGACUCACAGAGCCCCCUUUUCAGACAGCUUAACAUAGCGACCUUCGGGCACAGAGUUGUGCGAUAUACCCCCAUGACCGCGUUCGGCAAAAAAUGGCAAGAACAGCUUCCUGGCGCCUGUCUUGCUGUCCUCGUCGCCGACACUUGGCGUGACAGUCAAGUCGAUCUGCUAGCACGGGAGAGGAAGAGGUUCGGAUUUCGUGAUGUAGACCCCACGGGUGCGUUUACGAGCUCAUGUGGUGGUGGUCGGCCAAAAAAAGGUGCGCCCGCACAAAACAAGAACGCUCUCGACGGUGGGAACUACUUUCGCAACCUGUAUUCGAUCCUGUUGGAGCGAGACAUCGGCGAAACAGAGUUCGACAAAUGGGUUUCGGGGGAUACAGAACCACCCGCCUUGACACUACGCCAUCUCGAAAAGUGGCUCUCUAUGACCAAAGCCGGCGUGGUGGUGUGGUCACACCGGGGCACGGGUGCCAAUAUUCUUGGACCAUCCGAGGGGAAAACUAGUCUCCGGCCCCCUACAUUACACGUUGGCGUUCGUGAGGGACAUGUGUACCGGCUUGUGCUCGAGGGUCGUUGGAGAGACAGGUUUGGUUCGUCUCUAGACGUGGCAGUCGAGCACAGAGUACGAACGUACCGAAAAUUCCGCCGAAUAUCUGAGAUGACCGAGGAAGAAGAGGAGCCCGAUGUGACUGGUAUUGGCACCAAGACCUUCUCGUGUGUCGCUGACAUUGUGAGUGAUAUCAUGGCCAUCAAACAAACAGGUGGGGGGCACAACCGACAAGCAGUGGAAAAAAAGCGGAAGCAUGGGAGGAAGGUAUCAGAAUGCAAGACGUGGUACGCGCCUCCAGGAACGGCCCUCGACGAACUCAUGCUCCACCUACACCUCGCUGGGGUCUCUUGCAAGGGAAAACUCACGAACUACAGUCGCUGGGAUUCACUGUCCUUGCCAGCGCAGGGCAUAAUCAUCCGAACCUGGUGCAGCGCGAGCAUGGGUAGGCUCGAUCCCGACGACUUCGAGCCCGACCAGGCAACACGAUUGAUCGAGCUGCAUAGUGCCCUGGGUCUCAAGUUUUACCGCGGGGUAUUGGAUUUUCGAGUAUCGAGCCAGUACAGCCAGUCUCUGCUCGCCCUCCUUGGAGUAUGCUGGCGGGGGCCGAUCGUCGGGGCAGAGGACGCGUCCGGGAGUUGCUACGGGAGGGAAGACUGGCAAUGUGACAUCAACGGGGCCCACACGGCCGCCCUCAUGAACAUGGAGACGGUGCCCGUUUUCGGCCACAUGGAUGAGGUGGAGGAGUUCGAUGGCCACAACAUCGAGGAUUGGACGCUAUACAUCAUCAAGCUGGACGCGCUCGGUGAGCCAGACGUAUUCCUUAACGCGGAUGUCACGCCAGUCUUCGGCCGAAACUACAAGCGUUACCUCGACCUCAUCGACAACGCGCCUCGCCAUAGAGUCACCCACUUCGUGCGACCAUCUAGAACGGUCAGCAAGUGCCACAUAUCCAAGCUUGUGAGAGACCUGCUCGCGCAUGAGCUGGGUGAUCCCCUCCUCGAGGAUGCCGACUGUGCACGCCGAUUCAAAAAAGGAAUAUUCGUGCGGGCCAGCGGUAUGUUGCAGCAGAGAUACGCGGACAGGAUAGAUGCCGUCAUGGUUACGAGCACUGACGAGGCUUCGGCUGUGGGUGGAAAAAUUGUCCCUGUCCUGUGCGAAGUCGAUCGCGUCAAGGCCGAGCUUCGUACGGGACAAGGGGACCUUGGCAUCGACUCACUUCACACCGGUGAUGCAUACCUUUGUUUCGACGCAGAACGGACCUGGUACAGAGAUGGCUUCUGGGCGUUAGGUGCGNCUGACGAGGCUUCCGCUGUGGGCGGCAAAAUCGUGCCUGUCCUGUGUGAAGUCGAUCGCGUCAAGGCCGAGCUUCGGACGGGACAAGGGGCCCUUGGUAUCGAGUCACUUCGCACCGGUGAUGCAUACCUUUGUUUCGAGGCAGAACGGACCUGGUAUAGAGAUGGCUUCUGGGCGUUAGGAACCCUCAUCCUAGACGAAACUCGAUUGCGGGUGUUGGAGGCGAGGAACGCUCUCGAAUCAUUCGGCGCGUCCGACUUUAGCUACCAGUGUGACGCAGUAUUCUUCAGGGGAUCUUCGUCGGUACAAGACAAGAUGAGACUCCGCUUCGAUCAUUUGUUUAGCGGCGACGAAAAAACUCCCGGCACUCUCAAGUUUGAACCGGCUUUGAAGAAUCCGCUAACUGGAGAGAGCAGGGUGUUCGAAGGCAUCGUGGUCAAGCUAUCGCUAGAUGCGUUACCUCCGGCCAUGAGGAAAAUUCCCUGCCCACUAAAACCCCCGUUUUUAGUGGUCCCGCUGUGGGAUGGCAUCGGGACACGCUUCAAUUCGAUGGAAGGCGCUCACGAUGCCUGGCGUCGUCUCGGCAAGCACACCAAGCGCGAUCUGUGGCCGGAAAUAUGCGAGGCGGAGUCACCAUCGAAACUGGAAUGUUUGUUCCGCGGCAUGUUGUCUCCGCAAGGUUCAAGGAUCGCCUGCGCUGUGACCGGAGAGCAUGGAGGGACCGGGAAAAGUUACUGCACUAUACGCGCUGCUACGGCCACAUUUGAAACAGGACUAGUCUUGACCCCCACCAAUAGCCUGCGCACGUCCUACACAAAUCUUCCAUCCGGGUGGAGUACGGCGGGAUCGAUACGAACGCUCAAGGUCGACGUCAUCAUCAUCGAAGAGGCUGCUUAUAUGCCUCUCCGGACCCUAAGCAUGGUCAUGGCUGCCGCAUACGGCAGCGGUACCCACGUGAUCGGGACGUACGACGUGCAUCAACUCCAGCCCGUUUGCGAUAGCAGCGGCAUGUCGAUUAGCAGGGACAACGUCGACAGGAAGGUCAUCCUCGAGAAAGCCUUCCCCAUGUGCUUCCAUGUCUUCGCGCGCAAGCGAGACAAAACUAUCGAAGACCAGGUGGAGAUGGAUGACGGCCUCUUGCACAUUCUGGCCGCAGGGAACGACAGUCACGAGGCGCAGACUCGAGCCAUCGAGAGGUUUGGUGGGAGGUGUCACUUUAACCCAAGCCCUUCAGAUUUUCACCUCGCUUACACUAGAGAUUGCGCUCGGUUCCAUGCCUUCCGAGGAUUGUUGGGGUGCAACGAACUCGGUGGCUGGGAUUCGCUCGGGCACGCAACGCUUGUCGGCGCACAAUAUCGGGACCUUGGAAAGUCGGGCAAGAUACACAAGAAUCACACCUACAGUAUCACCCGAUCCUCGGCAGAUGAGGUCGUUGUCGCAAGCGCAUUUGACGGUGCCGUCAGCUUGGAGGAAACUUCACUCUGUCGAGUGGAGGCAGAAAAUUUGUUCGACCCCCCAGGAGCAUGUACCGUGCACGCCGUCCAAGGCCGCACAGUGGAAGGGAGGUUGAUCAUACAUCAGGCCCGGCACUUUCAUGCUGACGUCCACUGGCUGUACACGGCUGUAAGUCGAGCGACCGGACCCUCGAACGUGAUGGUCAUCGAAGACAUUCACCGCAGCGAGAGCAACAUGUCUGACCUAGAGAGGAUUUCGUGGGUUUAUCGGAAGAUUUCAAGCUACAUCUAUGCCGACGUUACGGCCGGCCGUCUUGGACCAGACGAGGGUAUGCAGCAUAGGGAAGCUCUUGCCGAAGAGCUCCUGAACUCGUACGGAGGUAGAUGCAGCCUUUGCUCAUGUGAGCUUGUCUGGGCCGUUUACAGCGAACGCCAACCGACUCUCGACCGCCUUGACUGCUCUUUGCCUCACACUGUCGACAAUGUGGAUGUCAAGUGCCUGAGAUGCAAUCGCGCUCGUGGUAGCCUGGGGAGAGGGCGCACAAAAAAGAAAAAGGAAAUAAUGUGUGUGUUUGUUAAUACAGUAGUAGUAUUCGACAUGGACCAAAAGAUAUCAAUGUGCGCCAAAUGGCUGGAAGAGCACGAGAAUCCAAGCGAUGUUCUUGAUGCUCUGAGGAAGCUGCACCCUGGCUCCUCCUUAAACAAGAACGUCAGAAGGGUCCGGGAAGUUUGGAUGCAAACAUUCGGCGCCCGACACAAUGCAGGUCCCGUCAAAACAGAAAUCCGCCAAUUGCUCGUCCUUAUCAAGAAAAGGUCAUCCACGGCAAAGAAGACGAAGGGGCGGAAGGGAUACCUGAAAGAGCUACAGACGGCCUGGGAUCGCGUUGUGUCAUUCGGGAAAUUAGACCUUCCCGGAAAGUGGUCGGGCCGGCGCGCGAUACACUCGCGGAAGGUGUCGUUCACUGGACUCGCCGAUAUUGACGACCUCCUUAGGAAGGUGCGCUUGCUACCGCCCUACGUCUCCCGGUUAGAGCUCACGCCGGAGGAGAAGAGCAUUCCGAGAAUAAAACGCCGGGAGUCCUUGGAGGUCAAGUGCAGACGUGGACUAACGGUGCACGCGAGUGAUCUGAUCGACACCAUGGAAUCCAUCAUCAGAUACGCACGCCCGAAUUACUUUGAACUUGCUAGCGCCUUGUCGUUUGUGUCCGGCAGGGGUCUAGCGGAGCUUGCCGGGAAUGCUGACUUUAAACCAGGCACGCGUGGCCCCUACGAGGCAGAGGUUAAGGUGGGAACUGUGGCCCGGGUCCUGUUGUUGUGCGAGUACGACCACUUCAUCGAAGGUCUCAAAAAGUUGCGGAGCAUGAAAGACACCUCCUGUCUCACGGCCGCAGAGAUAAAUCAACGUUACAGCAAGUCAGCCAACAUUGCCGCUAGGAAACUAUUGCCGACGGAUGGUGAUCGACGCGUGUUUGGUGAUCUAAAGGUUUUACAUGCCGCGAUUUCCUAUCGGGUAUUCAAAGGACACGAUUUGGAUUUGGUAGGGUGGGUCGGGGUCGUUGUCGGUCAUUUAUCGCCAGCGUUGCAGCUGGGGGGAUUAUCGUACGAGGGAGGGGGGUAG